AUGGUAUCUGGUAUCCAUAAACUUUUAACCGGUAGCAUAACUACGGUAAUAUUAUUAUUUGAAGCAUCUAUUGUCCAUGAUAAUCGAUCAUCGUACCAUGUUUGUGAAAUAAAUAAACUUGAUGUCAUUAUUUGUUGUUUUUCAUCUAUGAAUACAAUUUGUUGUAGUGAAGCAGUGAUAUCAAUAGAUACUUGGUCAUCUGGUCUUAUAUUUUUAUUAUAUCCAUUUAACAAUGUUGUUAUUAAAGUUUGUUCAGCUAGUUGUGAAGCUGGUAAUGUUCCGCCAUGGCAGAAGUAG